AGCUCUUUCCACACAUAACCAUACUUGCAAACAAUUAACUGGAAAUGGCUUCUCUUCAUUAUGAAGUAAACCAGAACCCAAGAGCUCCACGUUCUUCAUCUUUAGAGGUGGAAACCAUUGAUAUUCAUCCGAUGCCUGCGGCAGGUAACAGAGGAGGAGUAAACGACGUCGUUAGAAGUAUGUCGGAGGAGAAUGGUGUUUCCCUGACAUGGGAAGAUUUGUGGGUGACGGUUACAAACGGAAAGAGUGGUAGCAGAUCAAUACUUGCGGGUGUGUCUGGUUUUGCACGACCAGGCGAGCUCUUGGCCAUAAUGGGUCCUUCUGGUUGUGGCAAGUCUACCCUCCUUGAUGCUCUCGCAGGGAGAUUAGGCUCGAACAUAAGGCAGUCAGGGGAAAUUCUCAUCAAUGGCCAUAAACAGGCGCUGGCUUUUGGGACCUCGGCAUACGUAACACAAGAUGAUAUUCUGCUGUCAACAUUAACGGUGAGAGAAGCCGUGCAUUACUCAGCUCAGCUACAACUUCCAGACUCCAUGUCAAAGUCAGAGAAAAGGGAGAGGGCUGAUACCACAAUCACAGAAAUGGGGUUGCAGGAUGCCAUGAACACAAGAAUUGGUGGGUGGGGAGCCAAAGGCAUCAGCGGUGGGCAGAAGAGAAGAGUCAGCAUUUGCAUUGAGAUCCUCACACGCCCCAAGCUUCUUUUCCUCGACGAGCCAACGAGUGGACUCGACAGUGCAGCAUCAUAUUAUGUGAUGAGCAGAAUUGCAAGCCUGGAUCAAAAGGAUGGAGUUGGAAGAACCGUAAUUGCUUCCAUCCAUCAGCCCAGCAGUGAGGUCUUCCAGCUUUUCCACAAUCUUUGCCUUCUGUCGUCUGGGAAAACAGUGUAUUUUGGCCCUGCUUCUGCAGCGAAUGAGUUCUUCGCUUCAAACGGCUUCCCCUGCCCGACUCUCCAAAAUCCAUCUGAUCACUUUCUCAAAACCAUAAACAAGGAUUUUGAAAAGGAUCUUGAGCAAGGUUUAGGUGGAAGAACACCAACAGAGGAAGCAAUUGACACUCUUACAAAGUCAUACAAAUCAUCUGAGGCGUACCAGGACAUUCGAAGACAAGUAGCAGAAAUAUGUAAACAAGAAUGUGGAGCAGAGGAGAAGAAGAAGAGAAGGCACGCAGGGUUUAUUACUCAGUGUGUGGUUCUUACGAGAAGGUCUUUUGUGAACAUGUAUCGUGAUCUGGGCUACUACUGGCUGCGCAUGGCUAUCUAUGUCACAUUGUCUUUAGGCCUCGCCACCAUGUUUUACGAUCUUGGUUCUUCUUAUGGAUCAAUUCAGGCAAGAGGUUCACUGCUCAUGUUUGUAGCUUCGUUCCUAACUUUCAUGGCCAUCGGUGGAUUCCCUUCUUUUGUAGAGGACAUGAAGGUAUUUGGACGGGAAAGAUUAAAUGGGCAUUAUGGGACAAGUGCAUAUGUAAUCGGCAACACAUUUUCUUCUGUUCCAUACUUGUUACUGAUUUCAUUGAUUCCCGGAGCAAUUGCUUAUUACCUUCCCGGACUUCAGAAAGGAGCUGAACACUUCAUAUACUUUGCUUGCGUGCUGUUUGCUUGCAUGAUGCUGGUGGAGAGCCUGAUGAUGAUUGUUGCAAGCAUCGUGCCUAAUUUCCUAAUGGGUAUAAUAACCGGCGCCGGAAUUCAAGGGCUCAUGAUUUUAGCCGGCGGAUUCUUCCGAUUCCGAAAUGAUAUUCCCAAGCCAUUUUGGAGAUAUCCGUUCUACUACAUUGCUUUCCACAAGUAUGCCUACCAAGGGCUGUUCAAGAACGAGUUUGAAGGGCUAACUUUUCCGGGCAAUCCCGCCGGAGGGCCACGCACAAUCACCGGUGAACAGAUUUUGAGCGAUACGUGGCAAAUGGAAACGGAUUACUCAAAGUGGGUGGAUCUUGGCGUGUUAUUAGGGAUGGUAGUUUUGUAUCGAAUUUUGUUUUUGGUUUUCAUUAAGACGAGUGAAAAGAUUAGGCCUGUUUUAAGAGCUUUGGUGUCGGUGAGGACUCCCAAGCAAACUGCAAUGGUCAUGAUCAAUCCCUCUGCUACACCUUUACAUGGGGAGAAUCUGUAGAAGAACAAUGGUGGAAGUGAAAUAUUAGAAAAUAAUGAUGAGUAGUGUUAAGAAUAUUAUGUUAUGGUUAUUUACUUCUUUGGUAUUAUUAGUCUAUUAGGUUUAUAUUUCCUUAGUCUACUAGGUUUACUUAUCUCUCUAUAAAUAGAGGCCUCUCGAUUCAUUAUCAUAAUUAGAAUAGCAAUACAAUGUAUUUCAUUGUGUGCUUCCG